GCGACUUUUAGGCACGUGUCAGUUGAAUAUAAUGGUGUUUUGCAAAAGUUUAGUCGAUUUUUAAAAAUACGAAUCGAAAAUUUAUCGAAAUGGAGUGUAGUACAUUUCUGCAACAAAAUUCACAAACGCAUCCUUAUUUGGAAAAUGUGAAUAGUCCGAACGGUUACGGGUUAAGUAAUGCAACUCUUGAACCGAUUUCAAAUGGACAUGGUCGGAUUAGACCAAAUAGUCUCUUAGCCCGUAUGGCGUUACCGUGCCAGUCGUCCUCCAGUUGGGAUUAUACAGAGUGUUAUAGUUAUUAUGCAGAUGGUUGCUAUAACACUUGCCAGUUUGUUGAAUUGGGUGAUAUUGAAGACUUCAUGAAUAAUGAGAAACGAAAGGAAAAAUCCAGAGAUGCAGCGCGAUCUCGUCGCUCUAAAGAAACCGAAGUUUUUACCGACUUAGGUAACGCUCUGCCAAUUUCACAAGAACAGGUUUCACAAUUGGAUAAAGCUUCCGUUAUGCGAUUAGCCAUUGCAUAUCUGCGGGUGCGGGAUAUGAUCACUUUGGUACCGGAACCUCCGGAACCCGACGACCACAAAAUUUUAACCGAUGAUUCAAUUUUCUUAAAAGCAUUAGAGGGAUUUUUGCUGGUGAUGUCUUCAGAAGGAGAUAUUGUUUAUAUGUCUGAGAAUGUCAGCGAGUAUCUUGGAAUUUCACAGAUUGACUUGAUGGGUCAGAAUAUUUAUGAAUACAGCCAUCCGUGCGAUCAUGAAGAAAUCAAGGAAAUUUUGUCAACAAAAGCUCGUAAAGAGUCAGAGGCGCCUAAAUCGUUUUUUAUUAGGCUUAAAUGUACCCUUACGAGUAAAGGCAGAUCGGUCAAUCUCAAGUCGGCUACUUACAAGGUCAUUCAUUGCACUGGUCACAUUGUGCAAACUGAAGAUGAUGGAAAUGAAGAAAAUCCAAAAGGAACUUUACGUCGAUGUCUUGUCGCAGUAGGACAACCUAUUCCACAUCCUUCCAACAUCGAGGCUCCAUUACCACGUCAAACAUUCUUAACAAAACACAGUUUGGAUAUGAAAUUUACGCAUGCCGACGAUAAAAUAAUGAUGGAUGUUUUGGGAUACGAUUCGGAAGAUUUGGUUGGCAAAUCGGUUUAUGAUUAUCACCAUGCUAUGGAUAGUGAUGCGAUUUGUUCAGCUUUCAAGUGUUUAUUUUCCAAAGGACAGUGUGAGACCAAUCGGUACCGUUUUCUUGCGAAAACCGGAGGAUACGUGUGGGUUCUCACUCAAGCCACUUUGAUCAACGACAACAAAACUAUGAAACCGCAAAGUGUCGUUUGUGUGAACUACGUCAUAAGUGGCGUCGAAUGUAAAGAUGAGAUUUAUUCGUCGUCGCAAUUGGCGUCGGUAAAAACAGAAAAUUUGUGCAUUAACGAGAAUAUACCCGUACUUGUGGAGAAAGUGGUUCCGGAGGCUACUCCGGUGAAAAAAGCUGAGCUUAAUAACACCAAGAAAGUGGUUUCCUCCUACCUGGAGGAUAAUAACACGCCGAAACCACCACUUACGGCGACUUCAAAAAUUUUCGCACCGAGGACUAAAGAGAUGAACAAGGGAUUCUUGAUGUUCUCCGAUGAGGAGCCAGGACUUACAAUGUUGAAGGACGAGCCUGACGAUUUGACGCAUUUGGCUCCAGUAGCUGGUGAUGUUUGCGUUCCUCUAGACGACCACCCGUUUUUAACCGACAAGAUGUUGGACGAUUUCUUACUCAGAGAUAGUUUUGAACCACUUCUUACCGACGAACCCACCGACCCUUUCAUUUCGUACAGAGAUUCCUACGAUAAUUCUCCUCAAUUAUUAUCUCCGAAUCUUUCAAAGAAUUCGGAGUGUAGUUUACCUUCGUUAAAUAGUCCGAGUGAUUCUUUAAGCGACGAGGAUCGAUUGUCAACGUUUAUGAAUUUGCACACAGAAGAUGAGUCGGAUUUGGUGGUAAAGGCUCCGUAUAUUACUAUGAAUAUGGGCGACGAUUUGCCUCUGCUGCUCUCAGACGAUCUCAUGUGGAGCAGUAGUGAAAAAUCGAGAGCCUCACCUGACAGUAGUUCGAGUUUAGCACAAUUGUUAUGCUCGUCGAUAAAUAAACAUUCGCGGCCGAACGAUCACGGUGGAGGGUUGAUUUCACCGGAUCGGCUAAUGGAUGUGGAUGAAUAUUACAAUAAGAAAAAUACUGCAAUAAACGGGAAGUCGUCGUCGAUAUCGUCUAGGUUAGAGCGGACAAACAAAAGAUCGAACACAUCGAAUUACGAGUCAAAUACGAAAAGAUCGAGAAAUGAGCCCAAAGAGAAAAUGUCUUCAGAGCUUUUACAACAGUUAAUGUCAAAUAAUCACCAUAGGGGCCGUCCGAGGGGAAAAAGUAAUUGGUUGCUUGAUUCGGGAGGACAGAAAGCGGCUUGCAUAAGUCAGCCGAGUGACAGCGUCUUGAUGAACCUUUUGGAUGAUUCCAUGGAGCGAACAUCUGUAAAAAGGGACAAGGGACGACCACCGGGCCCCCCACAUGCCGACACCGAGUCAAGACAGAAUACGAUUCGGAAGAAUUCCCUUUCGCUGCUUGAUCCCGACGCAACCAUACCGUCAUUACUCGAUUUGACACAACAAGAUUUUGAAGUGAAUGCACCUGUGAAUAACCUUCUCCUUCAAGGCACGGAUUUGCUAACGGCGCUUGACAUAAAUGGGCCCAUUUAGCUAGAGCUGAUUGCUGACGAGACAGCAGUUGCACGAGAGUUUGAAAUGAUACCGCUUAUAGUUAUAAAAGGGGAUAGUGUUACGGUAGAAAAUGUUCAUAUUGUUGGUAAAUAACAAAAUAAUUUAAUAGCAAAGUGACUGAAAUGAGGAGUCCUAACGGUUUUGAGGGUCAAGCAAAAUAAUACACCUGAUUCGUGAGAUUCUCUGGUAUAUUAUUUUAUUUAGUGGGGCUGAAAAUAUAGAAUUGUUGAAAGAAAUUUGUAAAUUGCACAAUAUUUUCUGCGUUUAUUUUAUAAUGUGUAGAGUAAUUUGGGUAGAAAAUUUUAUGUAAUUCCUCAUUUAGUAAUCAUGUAAUAUAAUAUUUUUGUAAUUUUAUAAUUCCUACAAUAGACAUUUCCAAAUUGUAAAUAUUAGCUUUUAAUGUAAGCAAUCAAUUUACCUCAUUUCAUUUUAAAUUAUAUUGUUAAUUCCAUGUAAUUUUUAAAAUUCUCAUCAUAUGGAGUCUCAGCAUUACUUUCAAGCUCUCUUUUUUACUGCUAUGAUACAAUGUAGUGAUAUAUUUGUAAAAUAGAAAUUGUUUUAUUCUAACAGCAUGUGCUGUUAUUUUUAUUAUAAUUUUAUUAUGUGAACUUUUAAUAACUAUAUUAAGUCAGAUUUUUACACUCUUUAAACAUGAUAAAAUAGGUACCUAAUGUAGAACCAAAUAAUAUGUUUAAAAGAAAAUUGUUUUUAUACAAUCAUUUUGCAAUACUGCCAUAAAAUGUUAAUAAUUAUUGUAGUUAACGAUGAAGGAUGACGCAUUUGAAAAAUAUUUAGUAGAUUAACAAAUAGGGUAAGAAAGAAUUUGAUUUAUAAAUUUGCAAUACGUUUUUUUCUGCAACAUCAAAUUCUCUCAAUAUUUUAUGGGCUAAGACAGGGUACAAAGUCAAAGACAUUUUUUAAAUAAUACAAAAAUUCAAAAUAAAAAAACGAAUUUGGUGUUGCACAGAUUUUAUAUUUUUGUUUUUAGUUGUAGUGGCUGUAUAAGUUGCAAUAUAGAGUUCGAAUCUG